AUGUUAUCCUUUGAACGGCCUCCGCCAUGCUCUUCUAAGAUCGUAUCUCCGGAAAGUGAUGAGGCAGCAGAUCCAGCUGACGACGGCGUUGACGAGAGUCAGCAUACUCCGCAUUUCUGCAUCAGGUCAGCGACCCGUGAUCUUCGAUCGCGAUAUUUUCGUUUUCUGCUCUUUUUUAGGGGUUUUCCCGGGGAUUGAUCAUCGUAGGAGAUCUUGCCGGCGCCGGGUUCGGAUGAGUUUGCAGGGAUAUCGCCUCUCUGGUUCCUGCUUCCCUGUCGUGAUUUCAUGUGUGUUCUUCGACAUUGGGAAGCAUUCGGGUUUCUUUUUCUGUGAUGCCUGGUCCGACAGGUCUAUUUCUUCCUGUAAGAUUGUAGGGUUCUCGCUGGAACAGAUGGAUCUCAGAGUGGGUCAUAUGAUAUCAGUCGAUAAUCUUGCUUCCAUUAAUAGCCUUCCUGAUCUUCCUUCUGGAUCUUCUUCCUCUUCCUCUUCGUCAGCUCCUGGUCAGGGUUCCUCUUCUUCCUCCGUUUCCCGUUAGUCGUCUUCUUCUUCAUCAUCGUCGUCAUCAUCAUCGCCUGUCGCCAUCUACUUUUGUAAACCCUCGGAGGAUCUAACGCCUGGUUUCCAUUUUUAAUCUUUACAGAAACUAUGUUCUAUCAUCGAGGGGGGAAGACAUCGGGAACCACUGGCCAUUCUCCGAACAGUAUCUCCGGCUCUGCCUGAAGCAUGGUGUCAGGAAUUUAUUGCCCCCCUUUGAACCACCUGAUCUGGUGAAAGCCCGCUGUAGCAGAACGCGGCUCGAAGGAGAACCUCCUCAGAAGGUCGCCGAAGCGCCGCCGGCUGUAGACGGCGGCGCCGCCGAGGAGGAGCCGAUCCGGCGAGAUGCUCCGGCGGAGGUAGAGCCCUCGAAGGCGGCAGAUUCCAUGGCGUUCUUCAAGGUCUGCCCCGUCUGCAAGGGCUUCUCCUCCCCCUCGAACACCACUCUAAACGCCCACAUCGACCAGUGCCUGCUCGCGGCCGGGGGCGCCGCCGUGGCGUGCGGCGGCGGUGCCGGGUUCUCCCGGCUGAAGUUGAAACCCAGGAAGAAGCGAUCCAUGGCGGAGAUUCUGGCCAGCGCCGCCAGCUCCACUCUCGAGGACCUCGAUAGGAGGAACGGCACCAGCUGGGCUGUGGAUCUCGCUCUGAUCAGGCCGCCGGCGGGGGUUCCUCCUCCACCUGUCGCCGAAGCCGCCGCCGGUGAGGGGCCGGUGUAUGUGGAUUCCGACGGCACGAAGGUGCGCAUCUUGUCAAAGCUCGAGGAGGCUCCACCGCCGCCGCUGGAUUUCGAUUUCUCCCCGCGAAGGAGGCUGAAGCUUGAGCUCCGAGAUGGGAGGAGCAGAUUCUCCGGCGGGGAAGCUUGUUCGCCUUUAAAGUACAGGGGGAGCUCGAGGGGGAAGGUUCAUGGCAGGAAGACGAGAUCGUUCUUGCGGCAGACGGGAAAGGUAUCGCCGUUCUUCCCUUCACUGUUCUCAGCUCUCCAUUCCAGUUCAUCAAACAGUGGCCUGAAAGAAAAAUUAAUAGUAUCUGAUCCUUUAUUCAGCUCUCCGUUGACUAUUUCUGAAACUACAUUAAACAUUUUUAUUGAUCCGGGACGGGAUACUAUUCAAGAUAAAUACAUUCACCGACUGAGAUGGUUCUUCUAUGCAUUCUGAUCUUGCAUCGUUGACCUGAAUCCAUUGCAUUAUGUUCAGAUUGUCCAGGCCAUGGGAGGCGAGCUCAAAGAGGAAAUCCCGUUGAUCGCCCAAGAACAGAUCCAAAGACGGCGGGCGAUGUCCAAAAGAUCCGACCUUUCGAGUCGCUCAGACGGCAGACUCAUCCGCAGGAGAGCAGAGCUGCCUUCGUCGGCGACCCAAGUCCCCGGCGACGAGGGAGACUCUCCAGCAAGCUCGCCGGAGGAUGAGCAUUGGCUUCCGGGUUCCACAACCAAAAGGCUUCGUCAGAUGUUCUUGAGAUCCUCGGAAACAGCCGGCGGCGGCGCCCGAACUCGCCGGGGGCGUCGAUGGGCGGCAAGAAACAGGAGAGAUGCAUCUGA